CUCAGAAUGUUGUCAGGUUGUCCCUCAGAACGUUGUCUGGUUGUCCCUCAGAACGUUGUCUGGUUGUCCCUCAGAACGUUGUCUGGUUGUCCCUCAGAACGUUGUCCCUCAGAACGUUGUCCCUCAGAACAUUGUCCCUCAGAACGUUGUCAGGUUGUCCCUCAGAACGUUGUCUGGUUGUCCCUCAGAACGUUGUCUGGUUGUCCCUCAGAACGUUGUCUGGUUGUCCCUCAGAACGUUGUCCCUCAGAACGUUGUCCCUCAGAACGUUGUCCCUCAGAACAUUGUCCCUCAGAACGUUGUCAGGUUGUCCCUCAGAACGUUGUCUGGUUGUCCCUCAGAACGUUGUCUGGUUGUCCCUCAGAACGUUGUCUGGUUGUCCCUCAGAACGUUGUCAGGAUGUCCCUCAGAACGUUGUCAGGUUGUCCCUCAGAACGUUGUCAGGUUGUCCCUCAGAACGUUGUCCCUCAGAACGUUGUCAGGUUGUCCCUCAGAACGUUGUCCCUCAGAACGUUGUCCCUCAGAACGUUGUCCCUCAGAACGUUGUCCCUCAGAACGUUGUCAGGUUGUCCCUCAGAACAUUGUCAGGUUGUCCCUCAGAACAUUGUCAGGUUGUCCCUCAGAACAUUGUCAGGUUGUCCCUCAGAACGUUGUCCCUCAGAACGUUGUCUGGUUGUCCCUCAGAACGUUGUCAGGGUGUCCCUCAGAACGUUGUCCCUCAGAACGUUGUCCCUCAGAACGUUGUCAGGAUGUCCCUCAGAACGUUGUCAGGAUGUCCCUCAGAACGUUGUCCCUCAGAACGUUGUCAGGUUGUCCCUCAGAACAUUGUCAGGUUGUCCCUCAGAACAUUGUCAGGUUGUCCCUCAGAACAUUGUCCCUCAGAACGUUGUCUGGUUGUCCCUCAGAACGUUGUCAGGGUGUCCCUCAGAACGUUGUCCCUCAGAACGUUGUCCCUCAGAACGUUGUCAGGAUGUCCCUCAGAACGUUGUCAGGAUGUCCCUCAGAACGUUGUCCCUCAGAACGUUGUCAGGUUGUCCCUCAGAACAUUGUCCCUCAGAACAUUGUCAGGUUGUCCCUCAGAACGAUGUCCCUCAGAACGAUGUCCCUCAGAACGUUGUCCCGUUGUCCCUCAGAACAUUGUCAGGUUGUCCCUCAGAAUGUGGGGGGGGUGGAGGGCGGCGGCCAUUUUGUGACUGAGCGAAGUCAUCCACUGCACCUUCAACUGGAGAAAUCUGGAGCGGACAGACGAGCGACGUGUUUACCCUCGGUGUUCGUUACAACACCGUCACUUUCAGAAGGAAUUAAGGACUUUACAAGUGGAUCGAAAUGUAAAUAUUACGUUUGUUGUUUUUUUUUAAAGAAGGAAAUAAUAUGUUUGGAUGUAAAUAAAUUAGUUUCAUUGUUUUAGUGGG